AGGAUUAUUUUUCUCGACCAACCAUGACAAGCCGUGUCCAGAUGCGUUUUCCGAAAAAGCCCAGGAUUCCUGAAAAGAAGAUUAGCAUACCGCUGCUUGAAAAGAUUUUGAGCAUGCUCUAUGUCAGUGUCACAAAAGAGGAAAGGGAGGUGCUGGUGGAUGCUAUGAUAGAUGCUCGUGCAAUCAGACAUGUUGCUGCGUUUGAAUUGGAUCAACCGGUUACAACAUUAAGGGCAGCUUGUGAUGCGUUGAGAAUCAGACGUGGCACGUUUUGUCCAGUGGAUGUGGUCGUUAUAGACAGUCUGAUCUUGGAAAAAGCAAAGCACGUAGCAGAUGAGAAGGAGAUUCGAGUGGCAAAAUGGCCCGAGCUAACUCAAGCUGAAGUUGGAGCAAAAUGGGAUGAGGCAGAUAAGACAGGUGAAAAGGGGAAGUGGUUUGCUGUUAAAGAGGGAGAUGUCCAGGCAAAACAGGAUGAUCUUCAGGAGUUCUUUCAGCUGGUCCAACCUGGAAUUGGUCUGAGCGAAUGUGGUUCAUUCUUUGUACUCAUCAACAGUCACUCAACCUGGUACAAAGAACUGGUGUUUGCAAGACUAGCGCAAGGAAUUACCGAAAGGGAAUUGUUGAACUCUCUCUGCAAGACGCCCUCUCUCUUCAAGACACCAUAUGGCUGCGAUGCCGAUGAUUGUGUAUUUUCUCCCUGGACUGCUGAUAAGGUUGUGAAUUUGCAUGAGCAGGCUAUAAACAAAUGGCACGGCAGUACAGAAUGGCAGUUCAAUUGCAUUGGGGAACAUUUGGUGCCCAGUUCAAAUAAAUUGGUAAGAGUGAUUGACAAGGUAAAAUGGCCCCCCGCUUACAGAGUGAUUGAAGCAAGAGAAUUCUGGGCGGAGGUAAAUGAAAAAUUGUAAUGGAUGGUGGAAAGAGGGAGGAGAAUGGUGGUAUAAAGUGGGAAGAACUUGUAUUGAAUGUUGGUAUAUUGUAAUGAACGGUGGUAUCGGUGGUAUAGAGGGGGAAGAACUUGUAUAAUGUUGGUAUAGUUUUAGACUUUGCUAAUGACCGGUAUGAAGAAGUAGACGAAAAAUUGUAAUGAAUGUUGCAGAGGUGGCGCGCCACUGCAUUCUCAAGACUUUUAAUGUCAGCGUCAUAUUGAUUACUUAACACAUUUGUUUUCUGCUCAUUUCCAUCUUGUAACUCUCUCUCUCUCUCUCUCUCUCUCUCU